AUGAAUGGCGAUGGUCGGAGACGAGACCGGAGAGACACCAGAGCACUGAAGAAGCGGAAGCUGAACCGCAACCCCGAGGAUGAGCUCGAAGCUAAAUUAGGGUUCGAUCUCUUCUCAGAGGGCGAAAAGCGACUCGGAUGGCUACUCACUCUUGCAUCCUCUGGGUCUCACGAUGACAAAGAGCAUUCGCCCUCCAGCCCGCUGCCGUUCACAAUCACACCACGCCGCCAUUCGCAGUUCCCACCACCGCGGGCACGGCUCGCGGUUCACAGUUCACUGUCGUUGCGGCACGUCGGAGCUAUCAACAUUGCUAUAAGCAUUUCAUUCUUGCAGUUCUGGAUUUUUCUGGUUUUGUUCUCUUCGGGAUACCGUAAUUUCUGUUCAUCUGUUGAGGAUGAAAACAGUUACAAAGUGUACAGUUGUAUCGAUCUUUACUUUGUUACACAGGAUGGCUCUUCAUUCAAGUCAAAAUUCAGAUUUCGGCCUUAUUUCUAUGUAGCAACAAAGGAUAAAAUGGAGAUGGAUGUUGAAGCAUACUUGAGAAGACGUUAUGAAGGUCAGAUUGCUGAUAUUGAAAUUAUAGAGAAAGAAGACCUGGAUCUUAAAAACCAUUUGUCUGGGUUAAGAAAAUCUUAUUUAAAGCUUUCAUUUGAUACUGUGCAACAAUUGAUGGAUGUGAAGAAAGACCUGAUGCCUUCUGUUGAAAGAAAUAAGGCUAAGUCUGAUACUGCAGAAGCCCUUGUGUUCAUGUCAACAGAAAGAAGAGAACAUAAACCUCAGGAUUUUCUUGAUUGCUUGACUGAUCUUCGUGAAUAUGAUGUUCCUUAUCAUGUUCGCUUUGCCAUUGACCAUGAUAUACGUUGUGGCCAGUGGUAUGAUGUUGGAGUGUCCAAUAAUGGGGUUACACUUGAGAAGAGGACAGAUCUUCUGCAGCGUGCUGAAGUUCGUGUCUGUGCAUUUGACAUUGAGACUACAAAACUUCCAUUGAAGUUUCCUGAUGCUGACUAUGAUUUAUGUGUCGGCGAUGAUAUAGAGGAUAUAGAGUACAGUCCAAAACCUGAGUUUGAAGGGUGUUUUAAGGUGACAAAUGUUCAAAAUGAGGUCGAGCUUCUUAGAUUAUGGUUUUCUCAUAUGCAAGAAGUGAAACCUGGUAUCUACGUGACCUAUAAUGGUGAUUUUUUUGAUUGGCCAUUCCUGGAACGAAGGGCAACCCAUCUUGGGUUCAAAAUGAGUGAUGAAUUGGGGUUCAAAUGCGAUACAAAUCAAGGGGAAUGUCGUGCUAGAUAUGCUUGCCAUUUGGAUUGUUUUGCUUGGGUUAAACGUGAUAGUUAUCUCCCUCAGGGGAGCCAAGGUCUGAAGGAUUUGGCAAUAGCAAGGAAUGAAAAUCCCGAUGCUGGUGAACUGUUUUCUGCAUUUUGUAGCUUUGCUGUUACAAAAGCAAAAUUGGGUUAUGAUCCAUUGGAGGUGAAUCCUGAGGACAUGGUUCGAUUUGCAAAGGAAAAGCCCCAGAUGAUGGCCUCCUAUUCUGUUUCUGAUGCAGUGGCAACUUAUUAUUUAUAUACAACUUAUGUUCAUCCCUUUAUUUUCUCUCUUGCAACCAUUAUACCUAUGCCACCAGAUGAGGUUUUGCGCAAAGGUAGUGGAACCCUAUGUGAAAUGUUGCUUAUGGUGCAGGCAUACAAGGCAAAUGUUAUAUGCCCUAACAAGCACCAGUCUGAUCCAGAGAAGUUUUAUAAUAAUCAUCUUCUUGAGAGUGAGACAUACAUUGGUGGUCAUGUGGAAUGUCUUGAAAGUGGUGUAUUCAGAUCUGAUAUUCCAUCUAGCUUUACAGUAGAGCCAUCUGCCUAUCAGCAACUGAUGGACAACCUUGAUCGAGAUCUACAGUAUGCUAUAACAGUGGAGGGUAAGAUGGAUUUGGAAUCUGUUUCAAAUUAUGAUGAAGUAAAGAAUGCAAUUAUGGAAAAGCCGCCAUCAAUUGUUACGGAUGAAGUUUGCACUGCAUGUGAUUUUAAUCGUCCUGGAAAGACUUGCCUACGCAAGCUUGAGUGGGUUUGGCGUGGAGAAACAUUCAUGGCAAAGAAAAGUGACUACUAUGCUUUAAAGACACAGAUUGAAUCAGAGUUUGUUGAUGAUUCUGAGAACAACAAAUCCUUAUCCCACUAUUCUGAGAAGAGGUCAUCAAAAUCUUUCCUUGACCUUCCCAAGUCAGACCAACAAUCAAGACUGAGAGAUCGUUUAAAGAAAUACUGCCAAAAGGCAUAUAAACGGGUACUCAACAAACCUGUUACUGAAGUUCGUGAAGCAGGAAUCUGCAUGCGUGAAAAUCCAUUUUAUGUUGACACUGUUCGCAGUUUUCGGGAUAGAAGAUACGAAUAUAAAGGUCUCAAUAAGGUUUGGAAGGGAAAACUGUCUGAAGCCAAGGCUAGUGAAAAUUCUAUGAAGAUCCAAGAAGCACAGGAUAUGGUUGUGCUUUAUGAUUCAUUGCAACUUGCUCACAAGUGUAUACUUAAUUCCUUUUAUGGAUAUGUCAUGCGCAAGGGUGCAAGAUGGUACUCCAUGGAAAUGGCUGGAGUAGUGACAUACACUGGUGCAAAAAUAAUUCAGAAUGCCCGUUUGCUAGUAGAGAAAAUAGGAAAACCACUUGAGCUAGACACGGAUGGUAUCUGGUGUGCACUACCGGGGUCUUUUCCAGAAAAUUUCACUUUUAAAACAAAAGACCCAAAGAAGAAGUUUACAAUAUCAUACCCCUGUGUUAUGCUUAAUGUUGAUGUGGCAAUAAAUAAUACAAACGAUCAAUACCAGACACUUACAGAUCCAAUCAGGAAAACUUAUACAACUCAUAGUGAAUGCUCCAUUGAAUUUGAGGUGGAUGGACCAUACAAGGCGAUGAUCCUUCCUGCUUCCAAGGAAGAAGGAAUUUUAAUUAAGAAGCGAUAUGCUGUUUUUAAUGAUGAUGGAACCCUUGCAGAGCUUAAAGGUUUUGAGAUCAAGCGCAGAGGUGAACUGAAGCUAAUCAAAGUUUUCCAGGCUGAACUUUUUGACAAGUUUCUCCAUGGUUCAACAUUAGAGGAAUGCUAUUCUGCUGUUGCUUCAGUGGCAAACCGUUGGCUUGAUCUUCUUGAUAACCAGGGAAAGGAUAUUGCUGACACUGAGUUGCUUGAUUAUAUAUCAGAAUCAAGUACCAUGAGCAAAUCUUUAGCUGAUUAUGGUGAGCAGAAGUCUUGUGCUGUUACCACUGCUAGACGUCUAGCUGACUUUCUUGGAGAUACAAUGGUCAAAGAUAAAGGUCUUCGAUGUCAGUACAUAGUUGCAAGUGAACCAAAGGGCACACCAGUUAGCGAGCGAGCUGUUCCUGUGGCAAUAUUUGAAACUGAUGCUGAUGGUGUACGCUUAAUAUUUGCAGAGGUGAUGAAGUUCUAUGUCCGAAAGUGGUGCAAGGUCUCAGCGGAUGUUGCCAUUCGUUCAAUAAUUGAUUGGUCCUAUUACAAACAGCGGCUUAGUUCUGCUAUUCAGAAAAUUGUCACUAUUCCUGCUGCAAUGCAAAAGGUUUCAAAUCCAGUCCCUCGGGUGGUUCAUCCUGAUUGGUUGCAUAAGAAGGUUCGUGAGAAAGAGGACAAGUUACGCCAACGGAAACUAGUUGAUGCCUUUAAAUCAAUGAGCAGGAAUGAGCACUCAAAAAAUCAUAAUGACUCAAAUCAUGUCGCUCUUGUGAUCGAUGAUGAGAUUGUAAAUGAGUUGGAGGACUUUGGAAACAAACGUAGGAGUUCUACAUGCGGACCUAGACCAAUUGUACGGCAUUAUCAAGCUAGUAAUGAACAACAUUCAAGGAUGCUCAAUGAUCAACGAGAUUUGGAGCAGGAGCAUAAUAAAGAUAAUAGCGUCAAGGAACAUCUAAUUUCACCAUUACAGCAAAAUGAGAUGUUUGAAAAUGUUGACAGAGAGGUAGAUUAUCAAGGAUGGCUUCAAGUAAAGAAGCGAAUGUGGAAAGAUAUCCUGGAAAGGAGAAAGAAGCGAAGAUUGGAGAAUUCAAAGACAUCUAACCGUGAAAAUGGUGUUUUUGAACAAAUGAAUGCUAAGAGGAAUCAAGGCAGAAGCCAUGUCAGUUCAUAUCUUAAAAGGUUUGAGUUGGACCUAACGAAGUGUCAUUGGCAGAUAAUACAACUAGUUCCCAGUUCAUUGAUAGGCCAAUUUUUUGCUUGGGUUGUUGUUGAUGGGAGUAUGCAUAAGAUUCCUGUUUCUGUUCCUAGAGUCUUUUACCUUAAUUCAAGAUCCUCAAUUACCGACGAAUUUAUGGGUAAACGUGUUAACAAGACUCUUCCUCAUGGAAAGCAUAGUUAUAACUUGUAUGAGAUCUCAAUUAAUGAAAUUCAAUAUGGGGAACUAAGCAAAAAACUUGCAACUCUUCUGGCAGAUCCUGAUGUUGAGGGAGUAUAUGAAACUAAGGUGCCUCUGGAGUUUAAUGCAAUAGUCCAGCUUGGUUGCGUAUGUAAGGUGGACAAAACUGCUAAUAAACGUAGUCUACAGGAAUCCUGGAAUUUGAGUGAAUUGCGCAUGAAGACCACGACAGAAUGUGCUUAUCUUGAACAAUCUAUAUCCUUCUUUUAUUUGUACCACAGUAUCUCUGAGGGACGGGCUAUAUAUGUUGGAUAUUUUCCUGCAUCAAAAGCAAUAACUGUUGUGGUGGUUAAUCCCUAUCAAAACAAAGAUUUGUCACCGACUUUUCUUGAAAGACAAUUUCAUGAUGCUUGUCAGGCUUUAACUAUUGAGCCACCUCCGAGGAAUGACAUUAAUUUUACGGUGGACUAUGUAGCACAUGUCAAGGAUGCUGAAACAGUGAUGCAACGAGCAAUAAAUGGUCACAGUCAUGGGAGAGAAAAUCAUGUGCCUAUGGUUGCUGUCAUUGAAUGCCCUAAUGUUCAGUUAGUGAAAUUGGGCAUCCGAACACUGGAUGAUUUCCCAUGCCUGAGUGUUCCUUAUAAUGCUCGCGACAGUCAGUACCAGAUUCUUGGAUGGCAACAAACUGCUGCAAAAGUUGCAAUGCAACGUUGUGCUGCAUCAAUCCAAUGGUUAAAUCAAAGAAUUGCUCUCUCAAGAUAUGCCCAUGUACCUUUAGGGAACUUCGAACUUGACUGGCUUAUAUUUAUGGCAGAUAUCUUCUUUUCAAGAGCAUUGCAUGAUAAUCAACAGGUGCUUUGGAUAUCUGAUGAUGGCCUUCCAGAUUUAGGCGGGAUUAAUGGCGAACAAAACUGUUUUGUUGAUGAGGUCCAACAACCUGUUCUUACAUAUCCUGGAGCUUACAGAAACGUAACUGUGGAGUUAAAGAUACACCACCUGGCUGUAAAUGCUCUACUCAAAUAUAGCCUAGUUAACGAAAUGGAAGGAGGCACUCUAUUAGGAUUUGGUCAUGAACAUGACUCUGGAGCAUUUUCCAUGAAUGAUCAUAAUGGUUUUGACGAGUCUAGCUCAUGUGCACAAGCCUUUCGAGUCCUCAAGCAGUUGAUCCAGCGGUGUCUAGCAGAUGCUGUGACAUCAGGAAAUGUUUACGCUGAUUCAAUUUUGCAGCAUCUAUAUAGAUGGCUUUGCAGCCCUAAAUCAAAACUUCAUGAUCCAGCUCUCCACCAACUACUCCAUAAGGUCAUGCAAAAGGUCUUUGCAUUGUUGUUGGCAGAGUUCCGCAAGUUAGGUGCUACAAUUGUAUUUGCAAACUUCACGAAGAUUAUUAUAGACACGGGGAAAUAUGAUCUGUCUAGAGCCAAAGCUUACUGCGACAGUUUGUUAAGAACUAUACAAUCUAGAGAUCUAUUUGAAUGGAUUGAGCUUGAACCACUGCAGUUCUGGUGCUCGUUGUUAUUCAUGGAUCAGUAUAACUACGGAGGAAUACCAGCAAAAUCUGAUGAAGCCAUGAAUGAUAAAUCUCAAAUAGACAUUAUAUCGAGCUGGAAUAUUGCUGAGUACUUGCCAAAAAAAGUUCAAGAUGGUGACUCCUGUACUCCAUCAAUAAACAUUGGAGCUGCUGCAGCUUUUGAAUCAGAAAUAACAGAAUAUAUCAAAGGACAGAUUAGCUCUUACUUUGCAGACAAACUGCUAGGAAUUGUUCACGAUAUUAGUCUUCAUAUGAAGGGGAUGAGCAGAUCAGAAAACAACCAGAGUAUAUCAUCAGGCCCUGAUAUACAUAGAGGGGAUGCUGCCUUGGAAUUUAUCAAGCAUGUCUGUGCUGUCCUGGCCCUUGACCAAAGUGUGCAGCAUGAAGUUUUGGUCUUGAGAAAGAAUUUGCUCAAAUAUGUUGAUGUCAGAGAGUUUGCUCCAGAAGCUGAGUUUCACGAUCCUUUUCAUUCCUUCAUCUUAUCCAAUGUCAUAUGCAGCUAUUGUAAUGACUGCAGAGACUUGGACUUGUGCCGGGAUUCGGCUUUAUUAACUGAGGAGUGGCGUUGUGCAGUGCCACAGUGUGGCCAGCCUUAUGACCGUGAGGUGAUGGAAAAUGCUCUUCUUCAGACCGUAAGACAAAGAGAACGACUAUACCACCUGCAAGAUCUGGUGUGUAUCAGGUGCCAUCAGGUGAAAGCUGCACAUUUAGCAGACCAAUGUGCAUGUGCAGGCUCGUUUAGGUGCAAGGAAGAUGCCAAUGAAUUUCGUAAAAAGAUGCAGGUUUUCUUGAACAUAGCAUCUCGUCAGACAUUCCAGCUUCUCCAAGAAUGUACCUCCUGGAUUUUAGAGCUUAUAUGA